GAGAAACUUGGGAGGGGCAAUCACAAUGUUCACCUUGUCUGUCAGUGCUGUGAGCACUUCCUGUGAGAGAAUAAACAGACACUCCCACCCCUCAUUACAGCGUAGACUCUCAGCAGGAAGGAUCUCUCUGCAGCUCUGAUAUAGUGACAGUUUUAGGAGCAAUGCGUCCUCUACACCGUGUGUUGGUCACCACUCUCCGAGGGCUCAGCUGGCUCUUGUUGCGAUUCAUCCGACUGCUCUCUGUGUUCUCCCGGGACCCCCCAUGUCCAGACCCCCCACUGGACCCUCUUCUUCUAAUCCCAGCUACUGAACUGGCACAUAAGAUCCGCUGUAAGGAGCUGCAGAGCAGUGCCGUGGUACAAGCCUAUAUUACGAGAAUACGACAGGUCAAUCCAGCACUCAAUGCAGUGGUGUGUGAGCGAUUUGAUGAGGCUCUACGAGAGGCAAGGAAUGUUGAUGAACUGGUUUCAUCUGGAACUGAGGAUGAAAAAACCCUUAGGGAAAAGUAUCCCCUUCUUGGGGUUCCCUUUACUGUUAAGGAAGCAUUCGCUCUACAAGGCAUGCCACAGAGUUCUGGGCUUCUGUCUCGCCGGUUUGUGUGCGCUCAGUCUGAUGCAGUGGUGGUAUCGCGGAUAAAAAAAGCUGGAGGAAUCCCACUGGGAGUGACUAACUGCAGUGAACUGUGCAUGUGGUAUGAAUCCAGUAACAAAGUAUAUGGCAAGACCAGGAGCCCUUAUAACCCACAGCAUAUAGUUGGGGGCAGCUCUGGAGGUGAAGGCUGUAUUCUGGGGACUGCAGGAUCAGUGAUUGGCGUGGGCUCUGAUAUUGGUGGCAGUAUACGGAUGCCGGCAUUCUUUAAUGGUAUAUAUGGACACAAGCCCACUGCAGAUAUUGUCCCUAAUGAUGGCCAAUAUCCUAUUGAUCAUGGUUGCCGUCGUGAAUUCCUUUGCACUGGUCCUAUGUGCAGAUAUGCAGUAGAUUUGAUUCCUCUCUUAAAGGUGAUGGCAGGAGAGUCAGCUGGCAGGCUGCAUCUUGACAGAGAGGUCAAACUGAGCAAUCUAAGGUUCUUCUCAAUGGAGCAUGAUGGAGGCAGUCCAUUUGUGUCUCCAAUGGAUAAAGAACUGGUCCAAGCCCAGAGACGGGUUGUUGAACACUUAGAGAAGGAACUUGGGGUAACUGUCCAGCAGGUGUCCAUAUAUAACCUACGCUAUUCUUUUCAGAUUUGGUCAGCAAUGAUGUCACAAGAUGGUGAAAAGGAACAGAGUUUUGCAGAUUUGAUGGGUGAUGGUAAUAGCUUUUGGCCUUUUUGGGAGCUUUUAAAAUGGAUUUUUGGUGUUUCUAAGCACACCCUACCAGGAAUAGCACUGGCCCUUACUGAGAAGAUGACCCAAUGGAAUGUUCGAGGGAAUGAAAUUAUGAUAAAGAAGGCCAGGAGUUUGAGGCAGGAAAUUAGCACCAUGCUGGGGGAUGAUGGGAUCUUGAUUUAUCCUUCACAUCCCAAGAUUGCUCCGCGGCAUCAUGAGCCUAUUGCAAUGCCAUUCAAUUUUGCUUAUACUGGUAUUUUCAACGUUCUAGCUCUUCCGGUUACUCAGUGUCCAGUAGGUCUUAGUCGGGAUGGAUUGCCUCUAGGUAUACAACUUGUUGCAUCCCACUAUAAUGACCAUUUAAUUCUUGCACUUGCCCAGUAUCUAGAAAAGACUUUGGUUGGAUGGAUGCCAUCUGGAAGCAACAAGGGGCAAAACUAAAAGAAUCUGCAUUUCGAAGCUUUAUCUUCUGAGAUUCCCAGUGCGAGGAUUAUCCACAGUCAAAUGUAGACUGGUAACAUGGCUCUGAGGACAUGGACACAAAUUAAUCUUAAAUGAAUGCUAAUUUUGUACAAAUAAUACUGUUUGUGUAUUUUGAUUAAUACCCUACAAUCCCAAUAAUAGUUCUGUUUACAAUGGUGAAAAAUAGUGUGGUCUAAACUGGUCCUGAACAUUGGUCCCAGAUUUAUAGUAAAAGAAUUGGCUAAUUUGCCUGUGGCAGUGAUGUAUAAGUUAAGGUCAGUACUUGAGGGACUUUCAUUUUUGCCAUCCUCAUCUAUCCAGGUUGUUAUUCUAUUUUUAGAAGAACCAUUUCUGUCAGUGAAUUUACCAAUGCUCGUCCUUGUUCUAGAAUGGAUGUCAGAUUAUAUGAGACUGGAGGGGCUGCUACAAGAUCUCUUAGACAAUAGCUAUUUGUUGAGCUGGUGGGGGGCUGCUUGGGCCUAUUUUGAGUCCCAGUUGGGGCCUGAUUGACAUUAGUAUAUAUAAUUCCUGCAGGGGUGCUAAUAACAAUUGGAUGAAGGCUUAUAUUAUAGUGCACGUUUUUAUUCAGACUGUACUUGGUCUUUCUCUUCCUGCAUGUAUCUGCUGAUAUACAUGUGUGCAACUGGGGUACUUACUGUAUAAAAAUAUUGUGCAAA